AUGGGAGGAAAGAAAUCGAAGGAACCCACAAGCAACAACAUGAAACUUGUAGGAAGAAAAAGCACAGCCUGUAAGGAAAUCCUGACAUCAUCCGAGAGGAUCCGCAAGCACGUUGUGAUGCAAUUUGGUUACAAGGUGCUGAGCUUGGCUCGACAAGGUAUGACUGCACCUCCUGAGGAGCUAUGGGAUCUCACAGAACUGCAGAAGCUAAAUUUGUCCCUGAACUGCUUAUGUUUCUUGCCUUGUUCUGUGGCAUUCCUUCAGAACCUGGUUGUACUUAAUUUGUGUGGUAACCAGCUGACCAGUCUGCCCCCUGAGAUCGGGCAACUAAGGAACCUAAAGGUGCUCUUUGCGUACCAUAAUCACCUGACUGAUGUUCCUGAGGAGCUAGGCUCUUGUACUAAGCUGGAGGUCUUAAACCUGGCAAACAACCAGCUCACAAGUCUCCCAGAUAGCCUGGCUGCUCUCAUGAGCCUGCGGAAACUCAACCUAAGCCACAACAAUAUUGUGUAUAUCCCAGCAUGUGUCUAUACCAUGAAAAAUCUGGUCUUCUUGAAUGUGGCCUGUAAUAGGCUGGAGAACAUCGCGGAGCGUAUCCAAGCACUGUCUGAGCUAAAGAUCCUCAUUGUGGAAGAGAACUGUAUUCAUUGUCUGCCAACGAUGCUCUGCUAUCUGACGAAGUUAGAACUGCUCAAUGUGGAUCAUAAUGACAUUCAGAACGUUCCUGCUGAAAUGCACCAACUGAACAGGCUGGAGAAACUAGCUUCUCAUCCGCUGGAUAAAGGACUCCAUAUCAUGCAUAACCCUCUGGUCAAGCCAAUUAGAGAGGUGUUAGAUGGAGGUCUCCAAGCUCUUUAUAACUAUCUCAAGGCCAACUGA